GGGUCAAGCACACACGUGCAUGAAUUUAGCAAGGUGCUUUUAUAGUGAGUGUAAGGGGUGAGUGAUAUAUACAGGGGAACAGAAUAACAUAACAUGUGGCUAUGUAAGUCAGGAGCAAGUGACAGGUGUGCAGCAGGGGUGUGGGUGAGACAGCGUGGCUGGUGCUCAGUAAUGUAGCUUAGUCUGUGUGGUCACACUUGCAUUGUUUUGAUACGGCUUGUAUAUAUAGAGUGGGCUCUCACUUCCCCAAUUGGAAUCUUCACUCUCCUCCAAUGAGCCCACACAAACAUCAAAAGAAUGCGAUCUUGUUGCCAAAAGCAGCUAGUAACUGUUGGCAUAGCCUAUCUAUAGUCACUAUACUAAGUAGCCAAGCAGACAUACAUCAGCCAAUUAGGGAAGGUCCAUCCCCUAUCAUAUAUAAUACCCGCAUAAACACGCCUGACAUACUAUAUACUAGUUAUACAACGGUAAAUAGAAGCUUCGCGAGAGCACAUAGAAUAGAUUCAAGUGAAGGAGGAUGAAAUACACCAGCUACCUGCUUCAGUUUGUUCCUGUUGUUCUCCUCAGUGGCAGUACUUUGGGCGGCCGUAAUAAUAUGGACCCUCACGAAGAGGUUCGGUUAGAUGAAGGUUGUCGGGGACUACUCCAAAAGCUAUCCACAACUGGGACCGACGAAAUGAUUGAGUUUGGGAGUGGUGGGAGCGGGGAAUUAGGGCCUCAGGUUAUGAUGUGGAUGAAUGCCUGCAGCAACGAGUUUGGCCACAAGGAGGCAGAGGUCGUGUGUCGACAGUUGGGCUGUGACAGCAGUGGUCAAGGUAGCCCACAGAGGGUUCACAUAAGCAGGUUCAACGUGACCCUUGCUGAUAUUCCUCCAUUCUUCACUCCGUUCCCCUACCUGUGCGCUGGUUUCGAAGAGAGUGUGGAAAAAUGCGCCCUGGCUCACAGUGUCAAAUGCAACAGCAACAAUGACAGUGAUUUAGCGGCUGACUUAGUGGCAGUCGAAUGCAAUGAACCAAAAGCUACUGAAGAAGUCACCAGUAGUUCCACAGGACAGAGAUCCAGUGCACGAGGGACUAGUAAAGCUUCGUAUGCUGCCUUUGCUCUCACCAUUCUACCUGCUAUCUUACUUUCCUACUCUCAUUGAUAUAACAACACCAAAUUUCUCCAUUCUCUAUUAUGCUCUUUUACAAGCAUGCGCAGCGAGGGUUACAGUACUUGGGUCUGUCUAGUCUGUGUGUGUGUCUGUCUGUUACUCUCAAUCUCACUUCUCGAAUGUCUGUUCGUCUCACAAACGAUACGACCUACUUAACGGGCAAUGAAGGU